GCGACCGGUUUAUUUAUUAUUGUUUGCCGUUGGCGUUGCCGACCGUUGCCAAGGAGUUGCUUCCGGUGCCCGGCUGGCUGCCGAUGGCGGUGUUUCGUUGACCGGCGUGCAGAGCUCAAGGCAUUUAGUUAUUGGCUAUGAGGUGAUAAUACAAUUUAUGGAUCAUGGGGGACAACUUGACAUAUGAAGCUGAACUAAAUGGUUUGAUAAAGGAGUAUUUAAAGUUUGCGGCUUUUGAAGAAACUCUGAAUAUGUUUGAUAAGGAAUGCAAAAACAAGGGAAAGACCAUCCCAAAACCACCAGUGAGUGCUGGCCAAAAUCUUAAGACUUUGCGCAUUCAGAAAAAUUUACUUGAAGCAUUUGAUGAUGGAAAUAGAAAGGCAUUCUUCAAACUUUGGGAGCAUCACAUUUUGCCUCAUGUUAGAGAAAAUGAUCAACUGCUUCAGAAACUGGAGUUUCACCUUCAGGUUCAUUUUGCCAUCUAUCCUUUGAAGAAUACUGGAGGAAAACCUGACAAAGAUGAUUCUGAAGAAAGAACCUCUCAUUUCAAAACAUACCUAGAAACAAGAGGUGCAGCGUUAAGUCAGACAACAGAGUUUUUGCCCUUUUAUGCACUGCCAUUUGUCCCCAAUCCCACAGUACACCCUUCUUUUAAGGAGCUUUUUCAGGAUUCUUGGACUCCUGAUUUGAAGAUGAAACUGCAGAAAUUUCUUUCCACAAGUUUAAAAAUGCCCAGUGCCCCAAGGCUGCUGUCUUUAUUUAAAGAGAAUGGACAGGAGUACAAAGAGCUGGUGCAUCAACUCCAGCAACAGUUAACAGAGACUGAGCGAAAAGCAGCAACAUACAUGAAGAGAUGCAGCAAGUUACAAGAGGAUUACCAUAACCUGAUUGGAGUCACUGCAGAACUGGUAGAUUCCCUAGAAGCUACAGUAAAUGGGAAAAUGAUCACCCCAGAGUACCUUCAGAGUGUAUGUGUUCGAUUGUUUAGCAAGCAAAUGAGACAAAACAUGGCCCAAAGCAUUGACUUCACAAGACCAGGCACUGAUGUUUACAUUAAGAGUCCUUGUAACAGUGAAGGAUCUGCAUCAUCAAUGCUGAGAGCAUCCAUAGUUCCUGCCAUGAAUUCUAAUGAUGUACCUUUAUUAGCAUCUCUUGAUUAUGAAAAGUUGAAGAAUGAUUUAGUUUGUGGAAAUGAUCGACUUAAGGCACUUCUUCUGCAAGCACUCCGUUGGAGACUGACACGAUCUCAACCUGGAGAACAAAGAGAUACAGUCCUUCAGGCUUAUAUCAGCAAUGAUCUGCUGGAAUGUCACAAAAAGAACCAGAGAAGUCUAAUAAAUUUAUUAAAUUCAAAGAGUGAAAUUGUCCGACAGUAUACAGCACGACUAAUCAAUGGUUUUGCUUCACUGUCACAUGGCCGAACCUAUUUGGCUCAGAACAUGGCAUUAUUGAAGAUACUUGAGGAAACACUGGAGACUGAGGAGGAGGAUUCCAUAACUAGAGAAAAUGUAUUAGGAGCUCUGCAGAAACUUAGCCUCAGACGAAAACUGCAAUCAGCUAUGAUUAGGGAUGACAUUAUUUUCUGGCUGACAAGAGUUCUAGAGGAUUCUGAUUCCUUGUCGGAUUACACUUUGGAAUAUUCUGUUGCACUGUUCAUGAACCUCUGCCUUCGGACCCAAGGUAAACGGAAAUGUGUAGAAGAUGGCAAGCGAGUGUUGAAAGUGUUAUCUGAUCUUUUGGGUCAUGAUAAUUAUGAGAUAAGGCCAUAUGUGAAUGGGGCCUUGUACAGCAUUCUUGCCAUCCCUUCAUUACGUGAGGAGGCAAAAGCAAUGGGCAUGGAAGAAAUUCUACGGUGUUUUAUCAAAGAGGGGAAUACUGAGAUGAACAGACAGCUUGAGUUUAUUAUAAAGCAACUUAAUUCAGAGGAAAUGCUUGAAGAUUCAGAUUCUGAUGAUGAAGAGGAAGAUGAUGAUGAUGAUGAUGAAGAUGACCCAGACGCAAUGGAAGCUGACCUGGACAAGGCUGAGAUAUUAAAACCUCAGCCUGGAGAGUUAUCAGGAGAAAAACUACUGACGGCUGAGUACCUUGGGGUGGGUGUUCAUUAUCAGACAUCUGGAAACAUUAUAAUGACGAACACAUUGAAGGCUAGAAGAAAGCUAGUACCAUCUUUGAAAGAAAGUGUUGAUGAGCCCCUCCAGCGACCAGUCACACCGAGCAUGCACAGGUUAGGUUAUAUACCGUUGGGAACUGCUCUGGAAAAACACGAAAGUAGAAGUCCCAGUACAGAGAGCAACCUGUAUUCACAGCAAAACUCUCGGCCACCUACUCGAAGUGGGACCAGAACAAGUGAUUCUGAGUUUGGAGCUUCACCUGUUAAUUUUAAUCACAAUUCAUCAAUUGGUAAUUAUGAUCAUGAGCCUAUAGCAGCUUCAAGUUCAUUCGAUAUGGGGACAUCUGAAAAUUUGAACAGAGAAUCUAUCAGGCAAAAUGAUUACAUGGCUGCAUUCAACAGUAGGCCCAAGAUUCCAAGGACUCCAGAUAUAUCUACAGGUCCACUGAAAGUCAAAACUCCGACAAUUGUCCCUCAGUUUUCUCAGUCUGGCCCUCAACAAACAAGUCGUCCAACUUCUGCUGGGUCCUCUAACAGAAGCAGACAGAGCAGCCAGUCGUACAGGAAAUGACAACAAAUCUUUCCUGCGGAAUCAUCUGCUUGAAGUUUCAAACUUAGCCAACUUCCUGUAAUGAUCCUGCUUAUCAAAUACCACCUGCAGAGCUCAAGUUAGAUAAUGUAACACAAUGAAGGGAUUGUGCUACCAAACCCUGCAUGUGCUUUUUGUACAACAUGACUAACAGAAUACUUUGGAAAUAAUUUCAGAAAUGUAAAUAAGAAUAAUUUAUUCUUUUGUUUUUAUUGCACUUUCAUGUGCUGGUUUUUUUUAUAUAAACGUCAGCCUCUUUUGAUAGCUUAAAAACUUGUAUAUUGCCCAUUUAUAACUGUAAUACUUUUAAGAAAUCUACUUGUACUUUGCCAUAUUGCUUUGAUAAUGAAAUAAAUAAAAGAUUACUCUGAAAAUAUAACAAAAUAAUAUGUACUUGUCUGAAAUAACAGCUAUGUUAGUGCAGGUCUUGGUUUUGAAAAGUGUGCUUGUGUAUCUACGGUGUUUGCAUUGCGUUUGUAUGAACUGUGUUUUAUCAAAGAGAAAUAA